AUGGGCCUCAGGAGAAUCGCCAUUUCUACGCUAUGUGUAUUCCCCAUUAUUUACUUUCUAAUCGCUUAUUCUGGCAGCAAGGAGCCGCGCGGCGGUGUCGACAGGAUUACAGCCAGAAUUGCGCCCAGAAAUGGAUUUUUGCCGCUUAGGGUUGGGCAGAAUUUUACUAUCAAGUCUGGCCCGGUCUCGUUUUUAAAAAUAGUGGAGAAUCCGCAAAAUCGCUUUGACAUGAAGGGAAAUGAUGUCAUUGUCGUUUUGCAUAUCCAAAAAACAGCUGGAACAUCCUUUGAGAAAUUUUUGGUGAAGCACCUUGAUUCUCCAUAUCCAUGCGAUUGUACGUCGAUUAAAAAGAGGUGUACUUGUUUGCGGCCGCAUUCAGAGCGAGAGCUUUGGCUAUUUUCGCGCUAUUCUACCGGCUGGCUUUGCGGGCUGCACGCAGAUUUUACCGAACUUUUCGUUGCAAAAUGUGUAGAUCGUGAAAUGGAUCGGAAAGAGGGUACGCACACAAAGCGAAGGCUUUUCGGCGCGACUUUUCUGAGGGAUCCGUUUACGAGAAUAAUCUCUGAAUAUCGACAUGUAAAUCGCGGUGCGACGUGGAUGGCUUCAAGACAUAUUUGCAUGGGCCGAGAACCUACCCUCGACGAACUACCCUCCUGCUAUGAUUUUGACAUUGGCUGGGAUGGUGUCACUCUGGAUGAAUUUCUGGACUGCCCGCAUAAUUUGGCUUUUAAUAGACAAACCCGGAUGCUAGCUGAUCUCACAAAGAUUGGGUGCUAUUCAAAUAAAUUGCCGGCAGCAGAAAGAGAUCGAAUAAUGUUGGAGAGCGCAAAGGAAAAUCUUCGAGGACUGGCAUAUUUCGGAAUUAAGGAAAAGAUGGAAGAGAGCCAAUUUCUGUUUCAAAGAUUGUUUGGAUUACGAUUUACCAAGAAGCUAUCGGAAUGGAGUAAAAGCAAAUCCAACAACACGGUUGUCAGUCUUGCCCAAAUGAGGAAGAUCAAAGAAUUGAAUGCAUUGGACUGGGAAUUGUAUGAAUAUGCGGUGGCGUUAUUUAAUGAAAGAGUUACGAUGAUACGGCAGCGAUAUCCGGAGCCAGAAUUCUACGUGGUGAUCGAUGGGUCAAAGCAAAAUGAAACUAUUUACUUCGAUCGUGAUGAGAAAAAACAUUUAAGAAAGGCAGAUGAUGCUCCGAUUGAUGAAGAUACAGCUAGAGAAGAUUCUGAUAUGGAAGACAACUACGAAGACGAUCACGACAAUGCCAUCGAAAAAGUCCAAUUUCAACGCCAAAACUAU